AUGGCUGCCUUCGAUGCUCCGGAGGUGGCUGCGUUGCUCAAGAGUGUCGUUAGCAAGAAGCUGGUUUCCGGCGGCUACGGCGUGAAGGCGACGGCAGUGGAAACGUCUGACGAGGAAAUGUCGGUGGUGGACUAUUUGGUUGACUCCUGGGCGGUCGCGGACGGACAGUUCGAAGACGAAAUGACAGUUUCGAGGGCGGCAACGGAAGCAAAGGAAGCCAAGUCGGCAGUAAAAUCUAUCUCGAGGGACGUUGCAGCGUGGACAGGUGCGGACGCCGAGAGUGGGGACUCUGCAGGUGCAUUUGUCGACGCGAUAUUGGCCCCGGCCGGCCUCCUCGUCGAGGUCGCGCCCAUGAUGGAGAGAGCGAGAGACGCAAUGACUGUGGACGGCCUGGAGUCACCGGACACCGCGGACUUCCACCAGUCCCAUUUGAAGGAACUUCUAGGACUGGUGCUGGAGCUGGAGGAUAUUGUGGCGUCGAAGAUCGCAUGCGUGGAGAUGACUAAGGCGUUCUUCAAGUUCGUUCUGGUUCCGCUCAAGCUGGCGGCUCCAGUGGCGCGGAUGUUGUUGGACAAGAAGCCGAAGUUGUUGUUGGCGUUCGCAGCAAAGGCAUUGCUCAUGAAUGCUUCAGGGGGCAAAGCCUUUGGCGACGACGGAAUGAAGAAGUUGAUGCUGUUGGCGCUCGUCGCACCGAAAGCUCUUGAUGUGUUGAGGACGAAUCCGGCAGGCGAUUUGCUGCCUCUCCUCAAACUUCUUCCCCUUCUAGGGGGAGCCAAGUUGGACAAGCUGUUGCCGAUCGCGCUGCUCGCCAUGGCUGCCUUCGAUGCUCCGGAGGUGGCUGCGUUGCUCAAGAGUGUCGUUAGCAAGAAGCUGGUUUCCGGCGGCUACGGCGUGGAGGCGACGGCAGUGGAAACGUCUGACGAGGAAAUGUCGGUGGUGGACUAUUUGGUUGACUCCUGGGCGGUCGCGGACGGACAGUUCGAAGACGAAAUGACAGUUUCGAGGGCGGCAACGGAAGCAAAGGAAGCCAAGUCGGCAGUAAAAUCUAUCUCGAGGGACGUUGCAGCGUGGACAGGUGCGGACGCCGAGAGUGGGGACUCUGCAGGUGCAUUUGUCGACGCGAUAUUGGCCCCGGCCGGCCUCCUCGUCGAGGUCGCGCCCAUGAUGGAGAGAGCGAGAGACGCAAUGACUGUGGACGGCCUGGAGUCACCGGACACCGCGGACUUCCACCAGUCCCAUUUGAAGGAACUUCUAGGACUGGUGCUGGAGCUGGAGGAUAUUGUGGCGUCGAAGAUCGCAUGCGUGGAGAUGACUAAGGCGUUCUUCAAGUUCGUUCUGGUUCCGCUCAAGCUGGCGGCUCCAGUGGCGCGGAUGUUGUUGGACAAGAAGCCGAAGUUGUUGUUGGCGUUCGCAGCAAAGGCAUUGCUCAUGAAUGCUUCAGGGGGCAAAGCCUUUGGCGACGACGGAAUGAAGAAGUUGAUGCUGUUGGCGCUCGUCGCACCGAAAGCUCUUGAUGUGUUGAGGACGAAUCCGGCAGGCGAUUUGCUGCCUCUCCUCAAACUUCUUCCCCUUCUAGGGGGAGCCAAGUUGGACAAGCUGUUGCCGAUCGCGCUGCUCGCCAUGGCUGCCUUCGAUGCUCCGGAGGUGGCUGCGUUGCUCAAGAGUGUCGUUAGCAAGAAGCUGGUUUCCGGCGGCUACGGCGUGGAGGCGACGGCAGUGGAAACGUCUGACGAGGAAAUGUCGGUGGUGGACUAUUUGGUUGACUCCUGGGCGGUCGCGGACGGACAGUUCGAAGACGAAAUGACAGUUUCGAGGGCGGCAACGGAAGCAAAGGAAGCCAAGUCGGCAGUAAAAUCUAUCUCGAGGGACGUUGCAGCGUGGACAGGUGCGGACGCCGAGAGUGGGGACUCUGCAGGUGCAUUUGUCGACGCGAUAUUGGCCCCGGCCGGCCUCCUCGUCGAGGUCGCGCCCAUGAUGGAGAGAGCGAGAGACGCAAUGACUGUGGACGGCCUGGAGUCACCGGACACCGCGGACUUCCACCAGUCCCAUUUGAAGGAACUUCUAGGACUGGUGCUGGAGCUGGAGGAUAUUGUGGCGUCGAAGAUCGCAUGCGUGGAGAUGACUAAGGCGUUCUUCAAGUUCGUUCUGGUUCCGCUCAAGCUGGCGGCUCCAGUGGCGCGGAUGUUGUUGGACAAGAAGCCGAAGUUGUUGUUGGCGUUCGCAGCAAAGGCAUUGCUCAUGAAUGCUUCAGGGGGCAAAGCCUUUGGCGACGACGGAAUGAAGAAGUUGAUGCUGUUGGCGCUCGUCGCACCGAAAGCUCUUGAUGUGUUGAGGACGAAUCCGGCAGGCGAUUUGCUGCCUCUCCUCAAACUUCUUCCCCUUCUAGGGGGAGCCAAGUUGGACAAGCUGUUGCCGAUCGCGCUGCUCGCCAUGGCUGCCUUCGAUGCUCCGGAGGUGGCUGCGUUGCUCAAGAGUGUCGUUAGCAAGAAGCUGGUUUCCGGCGGCUACGGCGUGGAGGCGACGGCAGUGGAAACGUCUGACGAGGAAAUGUCGGUGGUGGACUAUUUGGUUGACUCCUGGGCGGUCGCGGACGGACAGUUCGAAGACGAAAUGACAGUUUCGAGGGCGGCAACGGAAGCAAAGGAAGCCAAGUCGGCAGUAAAAUCUAUCUCGAGGGACGUUGCAGCGUGGACAGGUGCGGACGCCGAGAGUGGGGACUCUGCAGGUGCAUUUGUCGACGCGAUAUUGGCCCCGGCCGGCCUCCUCGUCGAGGUCGCGCCCAUGAUGGAGAGAGCGAGAGACGCAAUGACUGUGGACGGCCUGGAGUCACCGGACACCGCGGACUUCCACCAGUCCCAUUUGAAGGAACUUCUAGGACUGGUGCUGGAGCUGGAGGAUAUUGUGGCGUCGAAGAUCGCAUGCGUGGAGAUGACUAAGGCGUUCUUCAAGUUCGUUCUGGUUCCGCUCAAGCUGGCGGCUCCAGUGGCGCGGAUGUUGUUGGACAAGAAGCCGAAGUUGUUGUUGGCGUUCGCAGCAAAGGCAUUGCUCAUGAAUGCUUCAGGGGGCAAAGCCUUUGGCGACGACGGAAUGAAGAAGUUGAUGCUGUUGGCGCUCGUCGCACCGAAAGCUCUUGAUGUGUUGAGGACGAAUCCGGCAGGCGAUUUGCUGCCUCUCCUCAAACUUCUUCCCCUUCUAGGGGGAGCCAAGUUGGACAAGCUGUUGCCGAUCGCGCUGCUCGCCAUGGCUGCCUUCGAUGCUCCGGAGGUGGCUGCGUUGCUCAAGAGUGUCGUUAGCAAGAAGCUGGUUUCCGGCGGCUACGGCGUGGAGGCGACGGCAGUGGAAACGUCUGACGAGGAAAUGUCGGUGGUGGACUAUUUGGUUGACUCCUGGGCGGUCGCGGACGGACAGUUCGAAGACGAAAUGACAGUUUCGAGGGCGGCAACGGAAGCAAAGGAAGCCAAGUCGGCAGUAAAAUCUAUCUCGAGGGACGUUGCAGCGUGGACAGGUGCGGACGCCGAGAGUGGGGACUCUGCAGGUGCAUUUGUCGACGCGAUAUUGGCCCCGGCCGGCCUCCUCGUCGAGGUCGCGCCCAUGAUGGAGAGAGCGAGAGACGCAAUGACUGUGGACGGCCUGGAGUCACCGGACACCGCGGACUUCCACCAGUCCCAUUUGAAGGAACUUCUAGGACUGGUGCUGGAGCUGGAGGAUAUUGUGGCGUCGAAGAUCGCAUGCGUGGAGAUGACUAAGGCGUUCUUCAAGUUCGUUCUGGUUCCGCUCAAGCUGGCGGCUCCAGUGGCGCGGAUGUUGUUGGACAAGAAGCCGAAGUUGUUGUUGGCGUUCGCAGCAAAGGCAUUGCUCAUGAAUGCUUCAGGGGGCAAAGCCUUUGGCGACGACGGAAUGAAGAAGUUGAUGCUGUUGGCGCUCGUCGCACCGAAAGCUCUUGAUGUGUUGAGGACGAAUCCGGCAGGCGAUUUGCUGCCUCUCCUCAAACUUCUUCCCCUUCUAGGGGGAGCCAAGUUGGACAAGCUGUUGCCGAUCGCGCUGCUCGCCAUGGCUGCCUUCGAUGCUCCGGAGGUGGCUGCGUUGCUCAAGAGUGUCGUUAGCAAGAAGCUGGUUUCCGGCGGCUACGGCGUGGAGGCGACGGCAGUGGAAACGUCUGACGAGGAAAUGUCGGUGGUGGACUAUUUGGUUGACUCCUGGGCGGUCGCGGACGGACAGUUCGAAGACGAAAUGACAGUUUCGAGGGCGGCAACGGAAGCAAAGGAAGCCAAGUCGGCAGUAAAAUCUAUCUCGAGGGACGUUGCAGCGUGGACAGGUGCGGACGCCGAGAGUGGGGACUCUGCAGGUGCAUUUGUCGACGCGAUAUUGGCCCCGGCCGGCCUCCUCGUCGAGGUCGCGCCCAUGAUGGAGAGAGCGAGAGACGCAAUGACUGUGGACGGCCUGGAGUCACCGGACACCGCGGACUUCCAACAGUCCCAUUUGAAGGAACUUCUAGGACUGGUGCUGGAGCUGGAGGAUAUUGUGGCGUCGAAGAUCGCAUGCGUGGAGAUGACUAAGGCGUUCUUCAAGUUCGUUCUGGUUCCGCUCAAGCUGGCGGCUCCAGUGGCGCGGAUGUUGUUGGACAAGAAGCCGAAGUUGUUGUUGGCGUUCGCAGCAAAGGCAUUGCUCAUGAAUGCUUCAGGGGGCAAAGCCUUUGGCGACGACGGAAUGAAGAAGUUGAUGCUGUUGGCGCUCGUCGCACCGAAAGCUCUUGAUGUGUUGAGGACGAAUCCGGCAGGCGAUUUGCUGCCUCUCCUCAAACUUCUUCCCCUUCUAGGGGGAGCCAAGUUGGACAAGCUGUUGCCGAUCGCGCUGCUCGCCAUGGCUGCCUUCGAUGCUCCGGAGGUGGCUGCGUUGCUCAAGAGUGUCGUUAGCAAGAAGCUGGUUUCCGGCGGCUACGGCGUGAAGGCGACGGCAGUGGAAACGUCUGACGAGGAAAUGUCGGUGGUGGACUAUUUGGUUGACUCCUGGGCGGUCGCGGACGGACAGUUCGAAGACGAAAUGACAGUUUCGAGGGCGGCAACGGAAGCAAAGGAAGCCAAGUCGGCAGUAAAAUCUAUCUCGAGGGACGUUGCAGCGUGGACAGGUGCGGACGCCGAGAGUGGGGACUCUGCAGGUGCAUUUGUCGACGCGAUAUUGGCCCCGGCCGGCCUCCUCGUCGAGGUCGCGCCCAUGAUGGAGAGAGCGAGAGACGCAAUGACUGUGGACGGCCUGGAGUCACCGGACACCGCGGACUUCCACCAGUCCCAUUUGAAGGAACUUCUAGGACUGGUGCUGGAGCUGGAGGAUAUUGUGGCGUCGAAGAUCGCAUGCGUGGAGAUGACUAAGGCGUUCUUCAAGUUCGUUCUGGUUCCGCUCAAGCUGGCGGCUCCAGUGGCGCGGAUGUUGUUGGACAAGAAGCCGAAGUUGUUGUUGGCGUUCGCAGCAAAGGCAUUGCUCAUGAAUGCUUCAGGGGGCAAAGCCUUUGGCGACGACGGAAUGAAGAAGUUGAUGCUGUUGGCGCUCGUCGCACCGAAAGCUCUUGAUGUGUUGAGGACGAAUCCGGCAGGCGAUUUGCUGCCUCUCCUCAAACUUCUUCCCCUUCUAGGGGGAGCCAAGUUGGACAAGCUGUUGCCGAUCGCGCUGCUCGCCAUGGCUGCCUUCGAUGCUCCGGAGGUGGCUGCGUUGCUCAAGAGUGUCGUUAGCAAGAAGCUGGUUUCCGGCGGCUACGGCGUGGAGGCGACGGCAGUGGAAACGUCUGACGAGGAAAUGUCGGUGGUGGACUAUUUGGUUGACUCCUGGGCGGUCGCGGACGGACAGUUCGAAGACGAAAUGACAGUUUCGAGGGCGGCAACGGAAGCAAAGGAAGCCAAGUCGGCAGUAAAAUCUAUCUCGAGGGACGUUGCAGCGUGGACAGGUGCGGACGCCGAGAGUGGGGACUCUGCAGGUGCAUUUGUCGACGCGAUAUUGGCCCCGGCCGGCCUCCUCGUCGAGGUCGCGCCCAUGAUGGAGAGAGCGAGAGACGCAAUGACUGUGGACGGCCUGGAGUCACCGGACACCGCGGACUUCCACCAGUCCCAUUUGAAGGAACUUCUAGGACUGGUGCUGGAGCUGGAGGAUAUUGUGGCGUCGAAGAUCGCAUGCGUGGAGAUGACUAAGGCGUUCUUCAAGUUCGUUCUGGUUCCGCUCAAGCUGGCGGCUCCAGUGGCGCGGAUGUUGUUGGACAAGAAGCCGAAGUUGUUGUUGGCGUUCGCAGCAAAGGCAUUGCUCAUGAAUGCUUCAGGGGGCAAAGCCUUUGGCGACGACGGAAUGAAGAAGUUGAUGCUGUUGGCGCUCGUCGCACCGAAAGCUCUUGAUGUGUUGAGGACGAAUCCGGCAGGCGAUUUGCUGCCUCUCCUCAAACUUCUUCCCCUUCUAGGGGGAGCCAAGUUGGACAAGCUGUUGCCGAUCGCGCUGCUCGCCAUGGCUGCCUUCGAUGCUCCGGAGGUGGCUGCGUUGCUCAAGAGUGUCGUUAGCAAGAAGCUGGUUUCCGGCGGCUACGGCGUGGAGGCGACGGCAGUGGAAACGUCUGACGAGGAAAUGUCGGUGGUGGACUAUUUGGUUGACUCCUGGGCGGUCGCGGACGGACAGUUCGAAGACGAAAUGACAGUUUCGAGGGCGGCAACGGAAGCAAAGGAAGCCAAGUCGGCAGUAAAAUCUAUCUCGAGGGACGUUGCAGCGUGGACAGGUGCGGACGCCGAGAGUGGGGACUCUGCAGGUGCAUUUGUCGACGCGAUAUUGGCCCCGGCCGGCCUCCUCGUCGAGGUCGCGCCCAUGAUGGAGAGAGCGAGAGACGCAAUGACUGUGGACGGCCUGGAGUCACCGGACACCGCGGACUUCCACCAGUCCCAUUUGAAGGAACUUCUAGGACUGGUGCUGGAGCUGGAGGAUAUUGUGGCGUCGAAGAUCGCAUGCGUGGAGAUGACUAAGGCGUUCUUCAAGUUCGUUCUGGUUCCGCUCAAGCUGGCGGCUCCAGUGGCGCGGAUGUUGUUGGACAAGAAGCCGAAGUUGUUGUUGGCGUUCGCAGCAAAGGCAUUGCUCAUGAAUGCUUCAGGGGGCAAAGCCUUUGGCGACGACGGAAUGAAGAAGUUGAUGCUGUUGGCGCUCGUCGCACCGAAAGCUCUUGAUGUGUUGAGGACGAAUCCGGCAGGCGAUUUGCUGCCUCUCCUCAAACUUCUUCCCCUUCUAGGGGGAGCCAAGUUGGACAAGCUGUUGCCGAUCGCGCUGCUCGCCAUGGCUGCCUUCGAUGCUCCGGAGGUGGCUGCGUUGCUCAAGAGUGUCGUUAGCAAGAAGCUGGUUUCCGGCGGCUACGGCGUGGAGGCGACGGCAGUGGAAACGUCUGACGAGGAAAUGUCGGUGGUGGACUAUUUGGUUGACUCCUGGGCGGUCGCGGACGGACAGUUCGAAGACGAAAUGACAGUUUCGAGGGCGGCAACGGAAGCAAAGGAAGCCAAGUCGGCAGUAAAAUCUAUCUCGAGGGACGUUGCAGCGUGGACAGGUGCGGACGCCGAGAGUGGGGACUCUGCAGGUGCAUUUGUCGACGCGAUAUUGGCCCCGGCCGGCCUCCUCGUCGAGGUCGCGCCCAUGAUGGAGAGAGCGAGAGACGCAAUGACUGUGGACGGCCUGGAGUCACCGGACACCGCGGACUUCCACCAGUCCCAUUUGAAGGAACUUCUAGGACUGGUGCUGGAGCUGGAGGAUAUUGUGGCGUCGAAGAUCGCAUGCGUGGAGAUGACUAAGGCGUUCUUCAAGUUCGUUCUGGUUCCGCUCAAGCUGGCGGCUCCAGUGGCGCGGAUGUUGUUGGACAAGAAGCCGAAGUUGUUGUUGGCGUUCGCAGCAAAGGCAUUGCUCAUGAAUGCUUCAGGGGGCAAAGCCUUUGGCGACGACGGAAUGAAGAAGUUGAUGCUGUUGGCGCUCGUCGCACCGAAAGCUCUUGAUGUGUUGAGGACGAAUCCGGCAGGCGAUUUGCUGCCUCUCCUCAAACUUCUUCCCCUUCUAGGGGGAGCCAAGUUGGACAAGCUGUUGCCGAUCGCGCUGCUCGCCAUGGCUGCCUUCGAUGCUCCGGAGGUGGCUGCGUUGCUCAAGAGUGUCGUUAGCAAGAAGCUGGUUUCCGGCGGCUACGGCGUGGAGGCGACGGCAGUGGAAACGUCUGACGAGGAAAUGUCGGUGGUGGACUAUUUGGUUGACUCCUGGGCGGUCGCGGACGGACAGUUCGAAGACGAAAUGACAGUUUCGAGGGCGGCAACGGAAGCAAAGGAAGCCAAGUCGGCAGUAAAAUCUAUCUCGAGGGACGUUGCAGCGUGGACAGGUGCGGACGCCGAGAGUGGGGACUCUGCAGGUGCAUUUGUCGACGCGAUAUUGGCCCCGGCCGGCCUCCUCGUCGAGGUCGCGCCCAUGAUGGAGAGAGCGAGAGACGCAAUGACUGUGGACGGCCUGGAGUCACCGGACACCGCGGACUUCCAACAGUCCCAUUUGAAGGAACUUCUAGGACUGGUGCUGGAGCUGGAGGAUAUUGUGGCGUCGAAGAUCGCAUGCGUGGAGAUGACUAAGGCGUUCUUCAAGUUCGUUCUGGUUCCGCUCAAGCUGGCGGCUCCAGUGGCGCGGAUGUUGUUGGACAAGAAGCCGAAGUUGUUGUUGGCGUUCGCAGCAAAGGCAUUGCUCAUGAAUGCUUCAGGGGGCAAAGCCUUUGGCGACGACGGAAUGAAGAAGUUGAUGCUGUUGGCGCUCGUCGCACCGAAAGCUCUUGAUGUGUUGAGGACGAAUCCGGCAGGCGAUUUGCUGCCUCUCCUCAAACUUCUUCCCCUUCUAGGGGGAGCCAAGUUGGACAAGCUGUUGCCGAUCGCGCUGCUCGCCAUGGCUGCCUUCGAUGCUCCGGAGGUGGCUGCGUUGCUCAAGAGUGUCGUUAGCAAGAAGCUGGUUUCCGGCGGCUACGGCGUGAAGGCGACGGCAGUGGAAACGUCUGACGAGGAAAUGUCGGUGGUGGACUAUUUGGUUGACUCCUGGGCGGUCGCGGACGGACAGUUCGAAGACGAAAUGACAGUUUCGAGGGCGGCAACGGAAGCAAAGGAAGCCAAGUCGGCAGUAAAAUCUAUCUCGAGGGACGUUGCAGCGUGGACAGGUGCGGACGCCGAGAGUGGGGACUCUGCAGGUGCAUUUGUCGACGCGAUAUUGGCCCCGGCCGGCCUCCUCGUCGAGGUCGCGCCCAUGAUGGAGAGAGCGAGAGACGCAAUGACUGUGGACGGCCUGGAGUCACCGGACACCGCGGACUUCCACCAGUCCCAUUUGAAGGAACUUCUAGGACUGGUGCUGGAGCUGGAGGAUAUUGUGGCGUCGAAGAUCGCAUGCGUGGAGAUGACUAAGGCGUUCUUCAAGUUCGUUCUGGUUCCGCUCAAGCUGGCGGCUCCAGUGGCGCGGAUGUUGUUGGACAAGAAGCCGAAGUUGUUGGUGGCGUUCGCAGCAAAGGCAUUGCUCAUGAAUGCUUCAGGGGGCAAAGCCUUUGGCGACGACGGAAUGAAGAAGUUGAUGCUGUUGGCGCUCGUCGCACCGAAAGCUCUUGAUGUGUUGAGGACGAAUCCGGCAGGCGAUUUGCUGCCUCUCCUCAAACUUCUUCCCCUUCUAGGGGGAGCCAAGUUGGACAAGCUGUUGCCGAUCGCGCUGCUCGCCAUGGCUGCCUUCGAUGCUCCGGAGGUGGCUGCGUUGCUCAAGAGUGUCGUUAGCAAGAAGCUGGUUUCCGGCGGCUACGGCGUGAAGGCGACGGCAGUGGAAACGUCUGACGAGGAAAUGUCGGUGGUGGACUAUUUGGUUGACUCCUGGGCGGUCGCGGACGGACAGUUCGAAGACGAAAUGACAGUUUCGAGGGCGGCAACGGAAGCAAAGGAAGCCAAGUCGGCAGUAAAAUCUAUCUCGAGGGACGUUGCAGCGUGGACAGGUGCGGACGCCGAGAGUGGGGACUCUGCAGGUGCAUUUGUCGACGCGAUAUUGGCCCCGGCCGGCCUCCUCGUCGAGGUCGCGCCCAUGAUGGAGAGAGCGAGAGACGCAAUGACUGUGGACGGCCUGGAGUCACCGGACACCGCGGACUUCCACCAGUCCCAUUUGAAGGAACUUCUAGGACUGGUGCUGGAGCUGGAGGAUAUUGUGGCGUCGAAGAUCGCAUGCGUGGAGAUGACUAAGGCGUUCUUCAAGUUCGUUCUGGUUCCGCUCAAGCUGGCGGCUCCAGUGGCGCGGAUGUUGUUGGACAAGAAGCCGAAGUUGUUGUUGGCGUUCGCAGCAAAGGCAUUGCUCAUGAAUGCUUCAGGGGGCAAAGCCUUUGGCGACGACGGAAUGAAGAAGUUGAUGCUGUUGGCGCUCGUCGCACCGAAAGCUCUUGAUGUGUUGAGGACGAAUCCGGCAGGCGAUUUGCUGCCUCUCCUCAAACUUCUUCCCCUUCUAGGGGGAGCCAAGUUGGACAAGCUGUUGCCGAUCGCGCUGCUCGCCAUGGCUGCCUUCGAUGCUCCGGAGGUGGCUGCGUUGCUCAAGAGUGUCGUUAGCAAGAAGCUGGUUUCCGGCGGCUACGGCGUGAAGGCGACGGCAGUGGAAACGUCUGACGAGGAAAUGUCGGUGGUGGACUAUUUGGUUGACUCCUGGGCGGUCGCGGACGGACAGUUCGAAGACGAAAUGACAGUUUCGAGGGCGGCAACGGAAGCAAAGGAAGCCAAGUCGGCAGUAAAAUCUAUCUCGAGGGACGUUGCAGCGUGGACAGGUGCGGACGCCGAGAGUGGGGACUCUGCAGGUGCAUUUGUCGACGCGAUAUUGGCCCCGGCCGGCCUCCUCGUCGAGGUCGCGCCCAUGAUGGAGAGAGCGAGAGACGCAAUGACUGUGGACGGCCUGGAGUCACCGGACACCGCGGACUUCCAACAGUCCCAUUUGAAGGAACUUCUAGGACUGGUGCUGGAGCUGGAGGAUAUUGUGGCGUCGAAGAUCGCAUGCGUGGAGAUGACUAAGGCGUUCUUCAAGUUCGUUCUGGUUCCGCUCAAGCUGGCGGCUCCAGUGGCGCGGAUGUUGUUGGACAAGAAGCCGAAGUUGUUGGUGGCGUUCGCAGCAAAGGCAUUGCUCAUGAAUGCUUCAGGGGGCAAAGCCUUUGGCGACGACGGAAUGAAGAAGUUGAUGCUGUUGGCGCUCGUCGCACCGAAAGCUCUUGAUGUGUUGAGGACGAAUCCGGCAGGCGAUUUGCUGCCUCUCCUCAAACUUCUUCCCCUUCUAGGGGGAGCCAAGUUGGACAAGCUGUUGCCGAUCGCGCUGCUCGCCAUGGCUGCCUUCGAUGCUCCGGAGGUGGCUGCGUUGCUCAAGAGUGUCGUUAGCAAGAAGCUGGUUUCCGGCGGCUACGGCGUGGAGGCGACGGCAGUGGAAACGUCUGACGAGGAAAUGUCGGUGGUGGACUAUUUGGUUGACUCCUGGGCGGUCGCGGACGGACAGUUCGAAGACGAAAUGACAGUUUCGAGGGCGGCAACGGAAGCAAAGGAAGCCAAGUCGGCAGUAAAAUCUAUCUCGAGGGACGUUGCAGCGUGGACAGGUGCGGACGCCGAGAGUGGGGACUCUGCAGGUGCAUUUGUCGACGCGAUAUUGGCCCCGGCCGGCCUCCUCGUCGAGGUCGCGCCCAUGAUGGAGAGAGCGAGAGACGCAAUGACUGUGGACGGCCUGGAGUCACCGGACACCGCGGACUUCCAACAGUCCCAUUUGAAGGAACUUCUAGGACUGGUGCUGGAGCUGGAGGAUAUUGUGGCGUCGAAGAUCGCAUGCGUGGAGAUGACUAAGGCGUUCUUCAAGUUCGUUCUGGUUCCGCUCAAGCUGGCGGCUCCAGUGGCGCGGAUGUUGUUGGACAAGAAGCCGAAGUUGUUGGUGGCGUUCGCAGCAAAGGCAUUGCUCAUGAAUGCUUGA